AUGAUCGCAGUGUCAUUUGCAAUCGUAAUUGUCGAUUGCGCCCCCGGUAGCCAGAACUGUGCUGCCUUCUCAACUCCUUCACCCAGAUUCCGGGAAAGUACAGCUGGUCCCAGAGUGGCGUGCACAAGCACCACGACUGCAGCCUUGUUAGUGGAGACAAAGCUGCAAGUGACCUUAAUGUCCAAUGGCUCCAUAACUGAGACGCAACUUCCAUAUGGAGCUGUGUCCGACAAGAAGGAAGUGGAGCUGCAUAUAUUUCCCAUCUGUGGGACUGCACUAAUUGAGAAAGUACAUGGCUUGCUUCCUCCUCAUUUCUUAGGCAUCAGCAGUAAACGGCUCGGUGUAUGUGGCUGGAUCCUGUUUUCUCUUUCUUUGUUGCUGAUGAUCAUUACCUUCCCCAUCUCUAUAUGGAUGUGCUUGAAGAUCAUUAAGGAAUAUGAACGUGCUGUUGUAUUCCGACUGGGACGCAUCCAAGCUGACAAAGCCAGAGGGCCAGGUUUGAUCCUGGUCCUGCCCUGCAUAGAUGUGUUUGUCAAAGUUGAUCUUCGAACUGUUACUUGCAACAUUCCUCCACAAGAGAUCCUCACCAGGGACUCCGUGACCACUCAGGUGGACGGAGUCGUCUAUUACAGAAUCUACAGUGCUGUGUCAGCGGUGGCCAAUGUCAACGAUGUCCACCAAGCCACGUUUCUGCUGGCUCAGACGACUCUAAGAAACGUCUUAGGGACGCAGACCCUGUCCCAAAUUUUGGCUGGCCGAGAAGAGAUCGCCCACAGCAUCCAGACCUUACUUGAUGAUGCCACCGAGCUCUGGGGGAUCCGGGUGGCCCGAGUGGAGAUCAAAGAUGUCCGGAUCCCGGUGCAGCUACAGCGGUCCAUGGCAGCGGAGGCCGAGGCCACCCGGGAAGCCAGGGCCAGGGUCCUUGCAGCAGAAGGAGAAAUGAAUGCUUCCAAGUCUCUGAAGUCAGCCUCCAUGGUGCUGGCCGAGUCCCCCAUAGCCCUGCAGCUGCGUUACCUGCAAACGCUAACCACCGUGGCCACGGAGAAGAAUUCCACCAUCGUGUUUCCUCUGCCCAUGAAUAUCCUGGAGGGCAUUGGUGGUGUCAGCUACAAUAACCACGGCAAGGUUCAGAACAGAGCCUGAGGUCCUCCUGCUGCCGUCAGCCAUUGCUUGGGGAGCUAUGUCUCUUUCUCAGAACCCAGCAGUUAGAAGUGCUGAGAAUUGCAGCUAGAAUAGUAUUAGCAGGGAAAUGCCAUAGAGGCUCCAAAAAAAAAAAAAAAAAAAAAAAAAAAGAGGGCUGUGUACUAUUUUUAUUAUUCAAGAGCAUACACGACUUUGCUUUAUGCUUAUUAGUCGGUUAGCAGGUGUUCCUGACUUAAGGCAGGAACUUUCUUGCAGUAGGGGGAGGAAAUCUUUGGGUGACCAUGACUAAGAUUUCAGCAUUAUUUUUGAUUGGUUUUAAGAAGCUUUCUAGAUAAUUUAUAAAGUAACAUAGGCCUUCUAUUUAUACUAGAUAUUUGCUUUUUAUAAUUCCCAAGUAACUAUAUACUAAAUCUCCAAUAAUUGCAACAACCCCCCACCCCCAUGUGAAAUUCUCAUUGAUUUUAAUUGAAAGGCCAAAGAGGCACCCAGGCUGCAGGCUGCAAACUCAUCACCAAUCCCCAGGGCAGACAGCACCCAGCUUUCUUGCUGCCCCGCCCCCCUGCCUGGAGGGGUGGCCAGUGCUCAGCCUCCCCGGCACCUUUGUCAGCAGCUGGGACAGGGCACAGCGCU